CAGCAGGGUGUCUCUGGAUCUCUGUCCUGCAUUAAUAUUCCGCUCAGGGGGACAAGCGCUGGCGGAGAGACGGAGUAACACACACACACACACACACACACUGGCCGAGUCGGUUCGGUUCGACUCGGCUCGGUUCGGUGAAUCCGCCUGUGAGUCGUGACAGGAGGACAGGGGAGUGACCGGUGUUGCCGCCGGACCCUGAGGACAGCGCUGCGCUCGGGUCUCUCGUUAAUGCGCACUUUCUCCGCCGUCGUCACCUCAGCGAGAUGCGCACGAGGUUGUGGAUGCUUCUUCUGAGCCGUGUACCUGGUUAACAAACGUCCACCCUGUCAACAUAUUCCAAGCUCUUUCUGAGAAUCUGUCCAAACACAAUUACAGUCUCAGAGCAGUCCCUUCAUGGACAAACAACCUCCCAACAAUCCUUUUUGAAAAUCUUAAAAACUAGCAUCCAUCUCCUGGCCCCGGCCACCUACCACCAGCAACCAUUCGGCCGUCUCUCGCCACAGCGGUCCUGCCAUCCAGGCCCCGCUCCCAGCAGGCGCCCAAUAUGGCGCCCCAGGGGCGGGAGCACCUGGUGGCACGGGAGCAGCAACAGGGUGCGCGAAGACGAAGCCCACAUCUCCGCCACACGCUGAGCCCUGAAAACCUGCGGAGUCUAGCCGAGCGUGGCGGCACUGACGCGGCAGCAGCAGGACUGACUAGAGCUAACAGUGACACGGACCUGGUCAGCUCACAGAGUCGCUCUUCUCUCACAGCCUCUACGCUGGAGUUCACCCUCGGGCGUGGACAGAACCUAGUCAUCUCCUGGGACAUCAAGGAGGAGGUCGAUGCUACCGACUGGAUCGGCCUCUAUCACAUCGAUGAGACCUGUCCAUCAAACGUUUGGGACUGCAAGAAUCGUGGUGUGAACGGCACACAGUGUGGUCAGAUUGUCUGGAGGCUGGAGCCUGGCCCGUACUUCCUGGAGGCUGAGACCAGAAUCUGCUUCAAAUACUAUCAUGGUUUGACUGGAGCCUUGAGAGCCACGACGCCAUGCAUCACUGUCAAGAAUCCUCGAUAUUCGGCUGACAGCCAAAGCGAAGGACAGCUGAGUGCAGACACGAGCCGAAAACUGCUCAGCUUCACUCUGUCAGAUAUCCGAGCUCUGGGUUUAAAGAAAGGCAUGUUUUUUAAUCCUGACCCCUACCUAAAGAUGAGCAUUCACCCAGGUAAAAGGAAUGGGUUCCCUACCUUCUCCCACCAUGGCCAAGAAAGACGAUCCGGGAUUACGACCAAUACUACAAACCCUGUGUGGCAUGGAGAGAGACACACUUUUGUGUCUCUGAUAACUGAUGUCCUGGUGAUCGAGGUUAAGGACAAGUUUGCUAAAAGUCGUCCGAUCAUUAAGCGCUUUCUGGGUCAGCUAAACAUUCCUGUUCAGAGGCUGCUGGAAAGACAUGCAUCAGGGAACCAGUCUCUGAGCUUCUCUCUCUGCCGUCGCUUGCCUACUGAUAAUGUGAGCGGUCAGCUGCAGUUUAAAGUGGAUAUCACCUCGACUAACCAGGAUGAUGUCACCCCUGAGUCAAUACUUGGGGCAGCAGCCUUUAACGCACCCCCUGGUACCCCUUCAGAUGAUGAAGAUUUGCCUCAUGCCCUUCCUCCCCCUUCUGGCGUUCUCUACCCCGCCCGCUCCCAGAGUUUUCGUCGCAGCGAUGAUUCAGGUGGUCCUCUAUCACCCGAUACCGAGAUUUGCCCCAGUGCUUUGGAUGAAGAAGCUCUCCCAUCACUUAGCAUACUUCAGAGAACGUUUAGCGACCAGCUCGAUGCCAUCGAGGCUCCCAAAGGACCCGGUGAGCGCCCAAUGGGCGCGGCAUCUCCAAAACUGAGCUCCAGCUUCCCCACCCAUACCCGCCUCAGCGAUAUGCUCCACAUCGACUCUGAUGAAGAUGAGGAGAGGUCUGCAGGAAUCGAUCCCAUAACACCUACUCUGAAUGGCCUUACUAGAUGUCCAGUAAUGCUUCACAGAUCUGCUGAACAACCCGAGGAACUGGAGGAGCCGCUAGAAGAAGUUGGGCUGGAGUCAGAGGUGGAGACUUUGAGUUUAGGCACUGAAGUGGCUCUGGAGCCAGAGGUUCCGCCUAGUUCUGUGGCUCCACAGGUAGAGACAGCAAGUCUGAUGGAGAGACAGGGUGAAGGAGAGGGAGAAGAAGAAGAAGAGGAAGGACUGGGACCCAGUGAGGAGUUGGCCACAGAGGUGGAUAUCUCCUCCAUGGCAUCGGACUGUGGUCCCAUGCCUAUAUCCGCUGCUCAGGAAGCAGAACAAGGGGCGGAGACGGCUAUAGAUCCCGGGGGAGGGGAUCUCUCCGAUGACCCGCCCACAACCUAUGAAGUCACUGAUGCUGGAGGUGAACCUCCUCCAGCUGAUCAGUUCGAACUCCACACACCUCCUCCAGAGUUAUUGGCCAAUGAGGAUGAAGAGGAUGUUGAGGAGGACACGAUGUCCCGAAGGUGGAGCCUGGAGGCAACAGCGGGUGUAUCGCAGGAGGAGGACGAGGAGGAGGAGCUACUGCAUUCAGGGGAGGGUGGGUCUGUGGAUUCGGAGACUUUUGCUACGGACACUUCUACAGAUCCAGGUCCCGCUCAGCUAAACGGGCAUCAGCAGGUUCAUUCUCUUCCCUCUGUAAGACAAGACAUCCAUCGGUACCAGCGUGUGGACGAGCCGCUUCCACCCAACUGGGAGGCUCGGAUCGACAGUCACGGCCGUAUCUUCUUUGUUGAUCACGUGAACCGCACCACCACGUGGCAGAGACCCACAGGCCCUCCUGCUCCUCAGGGCCUAACCCGCUCCAGCUCCAUCCAGCAAAUGGAGCAGCUCAACCGCAGGUACCAGAGCAUCCGCAGAACGAUGACCAGUGAGAGAAGCUCAGAGGAACAAAGGGCAGACAUUCUUCCUGCUGAUGAUAUGGAGAUACUGUCCCACUCCAUCUCUGACUACCGGAGAGACGGCUCUUUGGCUCAGACCAGCUCUCACUCUCGCCUCGCCCUGCUGCUCCAGUCUCCAGGAGCCAAGUUUCUCUCCAGUCCUGACUUCUUCACUGUGCUGCAUUCCAACCCUAGUGCCUAUCGCAUGUUUACAAGCAACACGUGUCUGAAGCAUAUGAUCAGUAGAGUUCGGCGGGACGUGCAGCACUUCGAACGUUACCAGCACAACCGGGACCUGGUCACCUUCCUCAACUUGUUUACCAACAAGCAGCUCGAGCUGCCACGCGGCUGGGAGAUGAAACACGACCACACUGGCAAGCUCUUCUUUGUGGAUCACAACUGUCGUGCGACGACGUUCAUUGACCCGCGGUUACCCCUGCAGAGCUCUCGCUCCAGCGGCCUCUUGGCCCACCGACAGCAUCUGAGCCGCCAGAGGAGCCACAGCGCUGGGGAGGUUCAGGUGGCUGAAGACUCUCGCUCCCCGAGCCCACCCAUGCAACCUCGGCCCUCCAGCACUUUCGCUGGCUCCAGUCGUAACCAGUACCAUGACCUCGUACCUAUGGCUUACAACGAGAAAAUUGUGGCGUUCCUGCGACAACCAAACAUCUUUGAGAUCCUUCAGGAGCGACAACCAGAGCUUGUGAGAAACCAUUCCCUCAGAGAGAAGGUCCAGUUUAUUCGUAACGAAGGUGCGCCUGGAUUAGCUCGGCUCUCGAGCGAUGCAGACCUGGUGAUGCUGCUCAGUCUGUUUGAAGAGGAAGUGAUGUCGUAUGUGCCGCCCCAUGCCUUACUGCACCCCAGUUACAGUCAUGCGUCCCCACAAAGCUCCCCUGGGACUCCUCGUGCGAACGCUCGCGCCCCUGCUCCUUACAAACGCGACUUCGAGGCUAAACUAAGAAACUUCUACCGCAAACUGGAGACAAAGGGUUAUGGCCAGGGCCCAGGAAAAGUGAAACUGAUCAUCCGUAGAGAUCAUCUACUGGAAGAUGCCUUCAACCAGAUCAUGUGCUACUCACGGAAGGAUCUGCAGAGAAGCAAACUGUACGUCAGCUUCGUAGGAGAGGAAGGGUUGGACUACAGUGGCCCGUCGAGGGAGUUCUUCUUCUUGGUGUCCCGCGAGCUCUUUAACCCAUAUUACGGACUCUUCGAAUACUCAGCCAAUGACACCUACACUGUGCAGAUCAGCCCGAUGUCGGCCUUUGUGGACAACCACCACGAUUGGUUCCGGUUCAGUGGGCGAAUUUUGGGCCUCGCUCUGAUUCACCAGUACCUCCUGGAUGCCUUCUUCACCCGGCCAUUCUAUAAAGGACUGCUGCGAAUUCCUUGUGAUUUGAGUGAUCUGGAGUUUCUGGAUGAAGAGUUUCAUCAGAGCCUGCAGUGGAUGAAAGAUAACGACAUUGAGAACAUGCUGGAUCUCACCUUCACUGUGAACGAGGAGGUGUUUGGACAGAUUACAGAGCGGGAGCUGAAACCUGGAGGAGCUGGUGUCCCUGUGUGUGAGAAAAAUAAAAAGGAGUACAUUGAGCGCAUGGUGAAGUGGCGCAUCGAGAGGGGUGUGGCUCAGCAGACCGAGAGUCUAGUGCGAGGCUUCUAUGAGGUUGUGGAUGUGCGGCUGGUCUCUGUGUUUGAUGCUCGCGAGCUGGAGCUUGUCAUUGCUGGGACUGCAGAAAUCGACCUGGCUGACUGGAGAAACAACACAGAGUAUCGAGGAGGUUAUCACGAUGGUCACAUCGUGAUCCGAUGGUUCUGGGCAGCGGUGGAGCGUUUUAACAACGAGCAGAGACUCAGACUUCUUCAGUUUGUUACAGGCACCUCGAGUGUUCCCUAUGAAGGGUUCGCCUCUCUUCGGGGGAGCAACGGGCCGCGACGCUUCUGCGUCGAAAAAUGGGGCAAAGUUACUUCCCUUCCAAGGGCUCACACCUGCUUUAAUCGUUUGGAUCUCCCCCCAUACCACUCCUUCUCCAUGCUGUAUGAGAAGGUGCUCACUGCUGUGGAGGAAACAAGCACGUUUGGUCUAGAGUGAGGCUUCAAAAAUCUUCAAAAAUCUUAAACCUUUUUUGCCUUUUACUCUGUACCCUAGUCCUCAUCUUCAGUCUUAAUGAUGGCCUUGUCUCCUGGACUCCCCCGACUUUUUCUCCCCUCUGCUAUGAAACCAGGAUUAUCUGACUAAAGCAUGACGGCUCUUUCUGGGAUUUCUUCCUUCUGGGUCUUCAAACACACACAAACAUACUGUGAAUGCAUUAGAUCUUGAAUAGGAACAUAAACACUUCAUUAGUAUUUAAUGCUACUAGAAAGAAAAAAAAAUACUUUCUUACACGUAAACACGUUACUGACACGGUGAAUAAAGGUUACACUAAAAUCUUCAGCAAGCGUACUCACUAUUUUCACUAAAAGGGAGACAAACCCACAAUAUACAGUAAAUACAGUAAACUGUAUGCACAUUUCUCACAUUACACUGAUUGGGGGGAACGACUGGUGUUACAGCGGGUCGUUCAGUGCUGGUGUAACUGUAGCGCUUGUUUCUCAUGAGAGACCUUCAUUUAAAGAUGAAUCCCACGGAGAAAAGACAUGAGUCAUUGAAUCCACUUGUGUGGAUAUUGUGUGUUCUUAUGUUUAUUUUUUACACUUGUGGAUUAGCAGUGAGGAAUCUGUGCGAUAUUUAAUUACAAUUCUUUUACACACUUUGCUUCUCGCUGCUUUCACGUACCUUGAUCCAUGUCCCUUCAGCUUUAGAAGAUUGGGUGAAGAUUGUAACAACCUAACCUAUGUGACCAAAAGUUUGCACACCCCAGAUUAUCAUCUAUACUAUACAGUGCCUUGCAAAAGUAUUCAUAUCCCUUGAACUUUUCCACAUUUGGUCAGGUUACAACCACAAAUGUAAAUGUAUUUUAUGGGGAUUUUAUGUGAUGGACCAACACAAAGAGGCACAUAGUUUUGAAGUGGAAGGAAAGUGAUAAAUGGUUAAUGAUUAAUCUUUUUAAAAAUAAAUAUCCAAAAAGUACGGUGUGCCUUUGUAUUCACCCCCCGCUGAGUAAAACCACCUUUCGCUGCAAUUACAGCUGUGGGUAUGUCUUUACCAGCUUUGCACAUCUACAGAGUGAAAUUCUUUGCCCUACAUCCCUCCACCCCAGUCUCCAGUCUGACUUUUGCUGUCUUUUGCUGACUAAGGGGUAUGAAUACUGUUGUAAGGCACUGUAUGUACUUGUUGGACAUCUCAUUUGGGAUGUAUUCCUCCUUUAAGCUCCACUCUUCUCUUCUGAAAAGGCUUUUCACUAGAUUUUGGAGUGUGACCGUGUUGUUUUGUGUUUAUUCAGCUACAAGUGCAUUAAUGACUGAUGUUGGGGUGUUGAGGAUUUUUAUGAUGCUGGCAUAGUACACAGGUGUAUUGUUAUGCUGAAACGGGUUUGUAGUUCCAGUGAAAAGAAACUGUGCAGCUACAGCGUACACAAAGACAUUCUGUACAUUUCUGUGCUUCAAGCUUUAGCAGAGACAGUUUAGGGAGAAAGCAGAUUUGGGUGUGAUAGUCAGGGUGCACAUACUUUUGGCCAUGUUAUGUAACUUGAAAAUGAAAAAUCCACCCUUCUACCGAAAUAUAUACAGUACUUUGCAAAAGUCCUGACCCUUCCGUAUUUUUUCAUAUUAAUUUAAUGGUGUAGAAUAAAUGAAAGAAAUGAAAACAAACGUCCUACUGCGACAGGCUGCAAAGUGCCUAUAGAUACAGUUUAAAAAUCGGUUCUUUAUACAGUAUUUCAACCUCAGCAGCGACCUCAUUUUCCCUCUCAUCUGUUCCAACCACUCAGGAUUCAGCAUCAGUAGUGUACUAAUCACUGGGCUGACCAUCUGUCAUCAUCUGCAAUUGUUUCUUACUGGUCCAUGCCUUAAGUUAGAAUCACAAACAAAACCAUUCCUCUGAAACUGCUCAGGUACAGGGACUAGACUGAACAUCUUUAUUUGUGAGACAAAAAAAAGUCCUUUAGGAAGCCUGAAGAACUAUUCCUAAAGACUACAUAAAAAAAUACAAAUAAUAUGAAGAAAUGAGGGGGGUCAAGACUUUUGCACUGUAUUGUAUGACAUGCUUAGCAAUUCUGGUGCUACUUUGUUGGUUGGUGCUGUAUUUAUAUUACUUCUAUGAGAAUUCAGUGGUUGUUUGCCACAGUGACUUGCUAACGUCAUUCUAGUGGUGUGUGUUAAAAGAUCCAAAACAGUAGAAAUUACAAAUUAGUCGGGUUUGGCUUCAUAAAGAAAAGAGCAAUACUUAACUCAUUCAUGACUCAUUAUAAUUCCAGCUUAAAAGUAAUAGAGACACUGGUGCAAACACUGGUACUCAAAUCCCAGAAUGCAGUUCAGCUAUAAGACAGGCUGUGUUAAAGUAGAGACUUGCUUUAUCUAGUUGGCAAUGUAUGAGGUGACGAGUAGGCAGCAAUGACGCUGGGUUCGAUUCACACUUUUGUGUGUGGAGUUUGCACGUUUUCCCAAUGAUUGGUGGGGUUCCUCAGGGUACUCCGGUUUCCUCCCAGAGUCCAAAGACAUGUGGAUUAGUCUAAUUGGCGAGUGCAAUGUUGUUGAUGAUGGUAUCUGCAUGAAGGUCUGGAUGCAGAAUGUACAGAUAAGGAGAUAAAUGUGCUGAGGAGGGUAAAGGACUAAAACCCCACUGCACUACUUUCUUUAGACAUAGAUCACGUGAAGGCACCACUAUUAAAAGUAAAUGGUAAUCCAGAAGCAUUAUGGGUGAUGUAGAAAAGAAAAAGACAAACAAUAAUAGGAAAAAGUUAAGUAAAACCUAGUGCAAUUCAAGUUAUUGUUGAAUUCUAAAUCUUUGCUCAUUGUUUUCCAGGGACAAAAAGGCAUGUGAAAGUAGUUUAAUAAAGAUUUGUGCUUUUCAUUUUGACAUUUCUAACCCUGCAUUAAUUGUAAUUAAAUGUUGCACAGAUCCCGUGCUUUAUUAAACACACACACAAGGUAAUAUGUCCUGAUAUUUGUCAUAUCCUGAUGCUGAAGCUGCAUGUCACUGUGUCUCCGGAGCCUCGUUUAACAUCACAUUUAUUAUGUGCACCAUGACAUUAAUGGCAGCAUUACAGUUGUAAAGUGUUGAUCUGUGGUUUGUGGUUCGGAGAGGUAAGCAGCAAUGCUUAAUCGGCCUUUGGAUGAUGUUUUUUCCAAAACCCAUUGUGUAAGGAAUCUGGUAAAGAAAAUUACUUCAUGAGAGCAGAGAAACUCAACAUGAUAUUGUAGAAUAAGUUUUAUUAGCAUGCAAGCUGAAGUUAAUAAUAGAGGUUAGUGUGCUUUGUUGCAAGACUGUGACUCCUCAUUAGUAAUAUUCUAGCGAAAUAACUAGAGUUUGUUUUCCUCUUUGGGAAAGACACAAUUUAUUACUACUUGUAGAAUCAAAUCAAAUUCACAAUAAAUAUUUGGAUAAUGAAUAUUUGGCGGCAUGGUGGCUUAGUGGUUAGCAUUGUCGCCUUGCACAUCCAGGUCCCAGGUUUGAUUCCCGCCUCAGGUCUGGGUGUAUGGAGUUUGCAUGUUCUGCCCCUGUGAUUGUUGGGUUUUCUCCGGGUACUCCGGUUUCCACCCAGUCUAAAGAUCUGCAGAUUAGGAUAAUUGACUUUUCCAAAUUGCCCGUAGUGUGUUAAUGUUCUACCACGGUCAUACAAAUGGAAAAUAUAGUUGCAAGUGACGAUCCCAAGCACCUUGCGAUAUCGCCUCUCUGGGUAUGACAUCAGCACUAUCAUAGCAAUGAUGACGAUGUAACAGCUAUGACAUCAUAGUGCUUGGGCCCUAAUAAAUACAGUGGACACCGUUGGCCUCCAUGGUUGCACUACAGAGGUUCCCUGAUGGAUGGAUGGAUGGAAUGAAUAUUUACUAAUGGAAGUGCUAAGGGAAGCAUGUUAAACAUGGCAUUUUGUAGUUGGAAUGUAAAGUCAGGCAUUUUAAGUAUUCUUUUCUUUAGGUACAAUUACAUAUGGUUUCUUAUUAUUUUUAUGUUAACAUAUGACAUCAUCCAGGGGCCACCUGUCAACAAGCUCAAUGCUGAUAUUUUUCCUCAUGAACUGGUUUGCAGAAAUGGGAAAUUGUGCCUAUUGUACUGGCACCCUAUUACCAAUCCACACAUCUGCAUCUUUAAACAAGAAUAUUUAUGAUUUGUCUCCACUUCUUAUACAUGUUCCCAGAGCAGCAGUGCUCUUGUUCUCUGUAUAAACUGAUCUAUGGUUAAACUAAUGCAUGCAGGGUCUAAAAUGCAGUACCUGAAUUCCUUGACCCUUAGGUGUCAUAGCUUGAUAUUGCAUGCUGGAAAUAGGGACCUGACUCCGGUCCUGAUUUAGUUUUAUUUGCAUGAGGCGUUGCUGUUAACAACGGACGGGGUUAAAGGAGAAUAUAUACAUCAUCUAUCGUAUAGUUACCAGUCUUAAUUUGGAUUUCUUUUUUUUAUGUAACAAAGGUAAAGACUGUCCAUGAACGCACUUGGUUUGGUGAAACUGAGCUCAUGCAUGUUGUUCACAAUCAUGUCCAUGUUUGUAUAUAGUUGUAUUAUAUGGAUGCCUGUCUUGUUUCAAAAUAUAUUUUGC